AUGGCUACUAUAUCCCGUCUAGGGUUGAAGCCAGUUCCUCAACCUCAACCAUACAGCAUCUCUUGGGUUGAUAUCUCUUCUAUAGUUGUUAAGGAGCGUUGUUUAGUCCCUAUCCAGUUCCUGGAGUAUAAGGACCAUAUAUGGUGUAACGUCAUUUCAAUGGAUGUCGGGCACAUCAUCUUGGGACGAUCUUGGUUAUUUGACCUAGAUGUAACCAUCUAUGGUCGAUCCAAUUCCUGCUCCUUCGUGUUUAAUGGAAAGAAGAUUCACCUUAACCCACUAUCCCCAAGGCCUGUUAGCUCACUGGAAACGAAGAAGAGUGUGGAACGAAAUGGAUUGCAUAUCAUUAGUCCUACGGAGUUUGAGUGUACACUUGUUGGUGACUCAAUUGUGUUUACCUCAAUUGUGUUCGCCUUGGUAGUCAUGGAGGUUUCAUCUAACUCCACGAUAAAGAACCCUGCUGAAGUCCGGUCGAUCCUUCAGGAGUUUCGAGAUGUCUUUUCGGAGGACCCACCUGAUCAUCUACCUCAUCUAAGGGACAUUCAACAUGCCAUAGAUUUCGUCCUAGGAGCAUCCCUUCCAAAUUUGCCUCAUUAUAGGAUGAAUCCUACCGAACACGCUGAACUCCAAAGACAAGUGGAUGACCUCCUUCACAAAUGA